UCUUCGAUCUAACAAAGAUUAAUCACAAAAUUAAUUAAUGAAUCAUUCAUUAUUAUCCAUUAUCCUAUUCACUUCACAUCCUAUCCAAUUGUAUGGAUUCAGAGCAGAGAUAUCUCAAAGUUUCGAAAAGAAAAGAAAAGAAGAAAAAAGGAAAGAGAUAGAAGUAGAAGAAGUAAAAGAAAGAAAGAAAGAAGGAAGGAAGAUCAAAAAGAAAAUCUACGUCAUUCGUGUUAACGUCGGAAUAUUAAACGAGCCUUAGCAACCGUGACUCGAACCAGAUUUUCGGCUUUUGCUAUGUUCAAACGUAACUACAUGAAGAUUUAUGUACAAGAUGCAUGUUUCUCCCACUUAACGACAAGGGGAGCUGAAAGAGUGGGGAUAGACGAACGAGUAGAGAUAUUGUACCUCCUACCUUCACGAAAUCUCGUCCAAUUCGAGAGCGAGGCAAACGGAGAAUGUACUUUUUGGGGGAGCACGAACCAAUGUAUUUUAAAGAAAAAGAAACAGAUAAUCAUAAUACAAUAAUAAGAAAUAUAACAACAACAAAUACAAUAAUAAUAUUAAUAAUAAUGAUAAUAAUAUCGUACGAGUAACAAGUACUCAUAAAGAGCAAAUAACAAACUCGAGCUAUUGGAUCAAUCGACAUCAUAUGGUAUCAGCUUCGCGUAGCUGAGGGCAGCCGUUCGGUUUUAACUCGAAGUAACGCGUGUCGGUCAGUAAAUCGUCGACCGUCGGAGUGAAAGACGGAGUAAAGGUAUAUACCAUCGCUAGCUAUUUCAUCGCGAGAAUCGAACUCGAGCUAGCCGAAAGGGAGCAAAAGUAGAAGUGGACGACGUUAUUCAGCAACUAAACGCGUUCCCGAGUACUACGGCCAGUCUCAGCACUCUCAGACAGUAGUUCGGUCCGUGUGUUCGCAGGGUAGAGGAACGAAUAAACACGCGUGUGUUAUCGUCGUUAUCUAUCACCGGGAGUGAUUGUUACUAUUGUUACUGUUGUUAUUGUUGUUGUUGUUGUUGUUAUUAUUAUUGUUAUUAUUAUUAUUAUUAUUAUUAUUAUUAUUAUUAUUAUUGUUAUUAUUAUAUUUUUCUUUUUUUUUUUUGUAUUUUUCUUCUUGUUCUCUUUUUACUCUUUUAUCUUUUCUUUUUUUUUCUCGUCUCGUCUCGUUUCGUUUCGUUUCGUUUCGUUCCGCUCGAUUUAAGUCGGACUCUCUUCGGAAAACACGUCUCCUCGACUUCCUUUCAUCCCUCUUUUCGAUUUUGUCAUUUUUCUUCUGUCUACAUUGUUUUUUCUUUUCCUCUUCUAUUUUUGUUCUUUCUUUAUUUCUUUCCUUAUUUUUUUUUUCUAUCUCUUUAUCUGUCUGUCUAUCUGUCUCUCUCUCUUUCUCUCUCAUUUUACCUUCUCUAUCUUUCUCCCACCUCGACAACCUCCUCCCUUUUUGGUUUUGUCAACGUUGGUUUCGUGAAAACGUUCGGAUCGCGUGUGGCCAGGCAGCGCGAUGCUCGAAGGAUUCGCGAUAGCGCGGACCACGAUAAUAGGAAUCGUGGCGUUACUGAUUGGAUUUAACAGCCAUGAUUAUGCAUGCGAUGGAUUGCAAUAUCAACCGGUUGAAAUUUAUGGAAACACCGAGGAAUGUGCUUUGAUCCUAGAUGGUCCUGGCAGAACUAGCGUUUUCGAUUAUACUUACAAUUUGCUUCGUGGAAAUUUUCCACCUACUGCAGGAUCACAGACCUGUAUCACCUACGAUGCCGUUAAUCAUGCUUAUAUCGAGGCGAGGAAACGCAUCAAUGUCGCAAGACCCAAAAACGAAAUCUGGAGGCCCGAGGACCUAGCUACGGUCGGUGAACUCUUAUUGGACAUAUCAACUAAUCUAGCUCAAAUAUAUGGUCUGACAUUCGAGGAUAUCGAGAAAAAUCUUCCGUUGAUCGACACCUCGAAAACAUUGAUACGCGAGGUAUGUCCAGCUUUUCUAAGCAACGUCGAAUGUCGACCAGGAAAAUAUCGAAGAUACGAUGGACUCUGUACGAAUUUACAAAAUCCAACUUGGGGUUCAACUCUGUCGCCGUUCACCAGAUUGAUGCCACCACGAUUCUCCGAUGGUAUAUCAGCACCUAGGAUAGCCGUAAGUGGACGAGAAUUACCCUUGUCUAGAAUAGUAUCCCGUACGAUGCAUCCAGAUGAGGGAUAUCACGAUCACGCUGGUACUGUCAUGGUGAUAGCCUGGGGACAAUUCAUGGAUCAUGAUUACACUCUUACUGGAACGCCCUUAGAUCCACUAAAUCGUAAUGAUCCAGAAGAAUGUUGUUCUCGUCCUCCACAUCUGAAGAAUCCAUAUUGCAACGAGAUUCGUAUACCAGAAGAUGACUAUUUCUAUAGAUUGUUUAACGUUCGAUGUAUGGAUUUUGUACGAGCGUUCCCAGCUGUUCGACCAGGUUGUCGUCUUGGAUCACGUGUACCUUUUAACUUGUUAACCGGAGUUCUGGAUGGUAAUACCGUUUAUGGUAUUACAGAGAAUUUUGCUAGAAAACUCCGAAGCGGUUAUGGCGGAUUGUUAAGAAUGAAUCCAGUUUUUAACGAGUACGGAUUGAAAGAUUUAUUGCCAUUGAAAUUAGAUAUACCAGACGAAGGAUGCACUCGUCCGAACAAAUCGAUGUACUGUUUCGAAGCAGGUGAAAUUCGAGUUAACGAGCAAUUGGUAUUAACGUGUAUGCACACGUUAGUAGCAAGGGAACACAACAGGAUCGCGAAGGUACUCACUCGUAUUAAUCCCCAUUGGGACGACGAGACGUUGUUUCAGGAAUCAAGACGCAUAGUCAUCGCUGAAAUCCAACAUAUAACAUAUAAUGAAUUUUUGCCGAUUCUUUUGGGGAAAGACGUCAUGGAAAAAUUCGGACUUCUUCUCGAGAAAAAUGGAUACUGGGAUGGAUACGAUCCAACCGUAAAUCCUGGUGUUAUCGAUGCAUUCGCUGCUGCUGCAUUUAGAUUUGGACAUUCUUUGCUACCAACUGCGGUCGAACGUUGGAGCAAAGCUCAUAAAUUUAUCGCUUCCAAAAGAUUAUCGGAUCUAAUCAGAAGACCGUACGAUCUUUAUCGCGCUGGAGUCUUAGACGAAUACUUUAUGGGAUUGAUGAAUCAAGUUGCCCAAGCUAUGGAUGACUCGAUAACGCAAGAAGUGACUAAUCAUUUGUUCAAAAAGGUUGGCGCAAAAUUCGGGAUGGAUUUGGUAUCGUUCAAUAUGCAACGUGGAAGAGAAUUUGGUAUACCGAGUUACAUGGACUUCCGAAAAUAUUGCGGAUUACCCGAGGCAAAGACCUUCGACGAAUUGUUUGGAUCCAUGCCAAACGAGACUAUCGGACGAUACAGUUCCAUUUUCGAACAUCCAGCUGACGUGGAUCUGUGGUCCGGUGGUGUAUCGGAACGACCACUUCCGGGUAGUAUGCUUGGUCCAACCUUCGCCUGUGUAAUCGCUACGCAAUUUAGUCAUUCACGACGUGGUGACAGGUUUUGGUACGAGUUACCGAACCAACCAUCGUCCUUCACUCUCGAUCAACUCAAUGAGAUUCGUAAGUCGAAGCUAGCUAAAAUGAUAUGCGACAAUACAGACCUCAUAGACACCAUACAAAUAUAUCCUAUGGUCUUGCCUGAUCACGAAAUCAAUCCACGAGUACCAUGCCGUAGUGGUGUAUUACCAAGUAUAGACCUGAGCAAAUGGGCCGAGUUUCCAACGAGCCAUUCAACGCAAUAUCGUUUGGUGGAGGAACAUUUGCUUGACGUGCCGGGACGUCCGGUGAAUGCGGACACGGUACGGGACCACUACGAGAAACAGGACGCUUUUCGAAUCUUCUUUGAGAGUAUUAACGGCAUUGCUUCGUAUCUGGGCAUCACGAGAAAGUAAUGCGCGCGCGCACACGCACACCAGAGACGGGUCCAUCUACUGAUAUCGUUUCGUAAAAGAAAAAGAAAAAGAAAAAGAAAAAGAAAAGCAAAAGGAAAAAAAGAAAAGAAAAAAAAAAAAAAGGAAAAAAGAAAUCAUACUUCGAUAUGAUAUAUCAAAUAUUUUUAACUGCAUAAUAUUACGUGGACGAGUAUGCUGCAUUUUUGUUUUCUCUUUCUUUUCUUUUUUCUGUUUUUUUUUUUUUUUUAAUUUUUUUUUCUAACACGCUCGUGUGAAUUAGAUUUACGUAGAACAUGCAUCUUAAAGCGAGCCAAUAAAAUGAAUCUUUGACUGUGUAUACGUACAUACGUAUAUAUAUAUAUAUACGUAUACAUAUACACAUAUAUGUGUGUGUAUGUGUUUAUAUAUAUAUAUAUAUAUAUAUAUAUAUAUAUAUAUAUAUAUAUACGUAUGUACAUAUAUAUCAAUCUUAUCUGAUGUCACAAACCUUAAUGUCGAAUUAAUUACAAUGAAAUAAUCAUUCAUUUGCCGUGCCAAAUGAAGCGCGAUUAUGUGCGUUAGCACUUGACUAUAAUAAGUUUUUUUUCUUUAGCCGUCUAAGGUAUUAUAUCGUAAAAUGCAUUAUGUAAAUAACGCCCUUGCAAUGGCUCAGGAAGGACUUUAUGUAGAAGAUUAGGAUUAAAAAAAAAAAGAAAGAACAAAAAAAAACCAAAAAUAAAAACAAAAAAAAAUAAGAAAAAAUAUGAUCGUUUCUGCGCCACUGCAUUGUAGCCACCAUCGUAGCUGUCGAUUAUAUAUUAACUAUACAUCUCUCUCUAAAUAUAUAUAUAUAUACAUAUAAUUUGUACAUAUUAACGAGCAUCAAGAAAUAAAGUCACUUUGAUAAUAGUGCCAUUAAAAA